GCGUGCACUUGCGUGCAUGCGUUAUAAGUUAUAACUACUAUAGUAUAGUAGCGUGGGUUUGUUACCCGCGCACGUGUGUUACAUUACUUAUCAUUUAUACAGUACACGCAGUAUACAAGAACACGAAAACAAGGUACACCUUUGAGCAGUGUUUAAAAAAUCAUUACAACGAAAUGUAUAAUAGAGUUUGUAUAAGUUUUUUCAACGCUGCGCACAAAUUAUAUUCAAAUACUCUCGUUCAUUCUUUGGGAAAUAAUAUAAUGGUUCCGCGAGUUAUAUUCGCUGUGCAAACAACUGUUCGAGGUUACUGUAACAUCAAUCCGACUUACUAUGUUGAUCAAGCAUAUGACCAAAAGUACCAAGAACAAUUGGCGAAGCUCCUAGAAGAUCCAGAAUAUAAAGCUGUAUAUGACAAGUGUAAAUUAGAGAUAGAAUUCUUGAAAGUUGAAACGCAGAAGGUACCUGAACAAUUCAAAGCUUACGACUGGUUACACUUAAUACGAACAAAAACCAAAACACAAAGAAGAGUAUACGUAGAGCAUCUAUGGAAAAUAGAAAGGAAGGAAGAGAAUCGGAUAAGGAAAAGAGAAUUGAAACUGGCCGAAGGAGAACCAGAGAUAAGAAAAGACGAUGACAGUCCAUAUGGAUUGAGCAAAUGUUCAAUGUUUUACAGAAUUCGUGAAAAAACAAUGGUAGAAUUUGAUAAUAGCAGGCUAAUAAAUGCUAUGUUACAUGAGCCCACAGUAGUAUUCGAUCUUGGAUAUGAAGAGUACAUGGCACCUUAUGAACUAACAAAUACUGCAAAACAGUUGUUACUUUCCUUCUCCCUGAAUCGUGCACAUGACCAGCCAUUCAAUCUUUACUUUUGCAAUAUUAUUAAGGACAGUUUAGUUAUGGAGAAAUUACACAAAACCAUACCACAGUUAUAUAACCCGGAAUUUCCAUUAAACAUAACUUCAAAAUCUUAUUUGGAGAUAUUUGAUAAGAAGAAAUUGGUGUAUCUCACUCCUCAUACCAAUAAAACUAUGACGGAAUAUGAUCCCAAUCUAAUUUACAUAAUUGGUGCAAUGGUAGACAAGACAAAUCCUAAGCCGUUUUCAUUUCAAAAAGCUAAUCGAGAAGGUAUAAAAAUGAUGAAAUUUCCAUUGGGUGAAAGACUUGAAUGGGGAACAGGCUCAAGGAAAAAUCUUCCUAUUAAUCAAGUCCUUUCAAUUCUGUUGGAUUUGAGACACACAAACGAUUGGAAUGCAGCAUUCGACCACAUACCUAAAAGGAAAUUGAGACAAGCAAGGGAAGAUGCUAUCGAAAAAUUAAUUGUAAAAAGGCAAAUGCAGCUGAAAGCUUUAGGCGAAAAAUAGUAUUCAUUGCCAGUUCAAUAAAAUUGUAAAUAAAAGCCAUUAAACAGUGUCCGAAGAUUCAA